AUGGUCUCCCCAAAAGCCUUCGGCUUCAAAAGAGACCUCGACAUCAGCGAGUUCAUGGGCUUUUCGUUGAUCGAAGACUUUAGCAUCCACUUCGGCCUGGGCUACCUGCUCUACGAGGUCGCCUACGAGCUCAUGGAUCGGCACCCGGCGCCCCCGGCUUCGAUCGAGUCUGUUGCCUUCCACUUCGCCGUCGAGCUGGCGAGGCAUUCUGAGGAGGUUGAGCUUGGCGAGCCUCCUGCCCAUCAGUUGGCCAACAUCGCGCCUUGCCUGCGACUGUUGUGCCGCAAGUGGGCCAAGGGCUCUUGCAAUUUUGCCAACUGCACCUUCGCGCACGGCGAGCACGAGCUUCGCGGCGUCGAGAGAGGGUCCAAGCGAUUUGAUGGCAAGGAGAGGAUGAACGACAGUGACGUUGCCUCGGACACCACCAAAUCAGAUGAAGGACAAAGCCGCUAUUCGGACGGGCUGGAGGAGUGCUGCGGGCAGCUGAUGCUACUCCAUGUGCAAGCAGCUGCUAUGGCGGCCAGAGAUCAGAGGGAGGAGUCGGAGACUCCACUGGACCUGUGGAGCCGGGAAUUCGACUUGAAGGCGGAUAUGCCCAUGAAGGCAACGGAUGGCAUGGCGUUGCGCUAUGCAAGCUUGAGUGGCUUUCAAGAGCUUCGCGUCGUCCUGCGCUCACAUUCGCGAUGA